AUGAAAGCUCGGAUUAAUCUACGACGGAAGAGCGUCGGCACGCCCAUGGCCGCCACGCAAGCAGCUGUCCCUUCACUAGGUCCCAAUGGUGGGUAUGACCCUAGUGCUGGGUCGAGGACCAUAACCUUGUCCAGAGAUGAUCAGGAAAGGAGACCACAGGCCUCUGCACAGACGGCUUUGGUGCGUAAUGGCCAUAGUGGGGCGAACGAGGGGACACCUCCUAUACGAUCGACAGCCAAGCGUCGUCGAGAGUCUGUGACCAAGUGCAAGACCCUCUUGGGUGGUCCACCAUCGGCCAAGGCGGCCAAGCAUACCCCGGACACCUCUGAUGAAGGCCAUAGUAACCACGACCAACUCUCGAUGUCUCUGCUCUUCGACAACCCUGAGGAUGGCGGACGGCGGUUGUCAGUGGGUCGUGGCAGCUCUACGAUUGGCCAUAAUCACACGGAUAAGCUACCAGGGAAGGAGGCUGAGAGGGAGGACAAGGAGAUGAUGAUGAUGGAUUGGAAAUCUAAGUUCACUGUGAGGGGCGGCCUUGGGGUUAUGGGGGCUUCACAGUUACGAUUUGACGGCUCCAUCAGUAAAUACGGUGUUGUCGGAGGCUUGAUCGAUAUGGAGGCCCCUCCUGAGAGGGUGACUAUAUCCACUGUGAAUGAGGAGGAGAUCAUGCUUCGGGAGUGGAGGCAAAUGUGGGAUGCAGCUCUAAGACGCAUGUGA